AUGUGCGGAAAUGUAUCCCCUCUCCUCUUUUGUCCCACCCUCCCAUCUCACCUUCCUUCCUCUCCUCUUUUGUCCCACCCUCACAUCUCACCUUCCUUCCUCUCCUCUUUUAUCCCACCCUCUCAUCUCACCUUCCUUCCUCUUCUCUUUUGUCCCACCCUCACAUCUCACCUUCCUUCCUCUCCUCUUUUGUCCCACCCUCCCAUCUCACCUUCCUUCCUCUCCUCUUUUAUCCCACCCUCUCAUCUCACCUUCCUUCCUCUCCUCUUUUGUCCCACCCUCACAUCUCACCUUCCUUCCUCUCCUCUUUUGUCCCACCCUCUCAUCUCACCUUCCUUCCUCUCCUCUUUUAUCCCACCCUCCCAUCUCACCUUCCUUCCUCUCCUCUUUUGUCCCACCCUCCCAUCUCACCUUCCUUCCUCUCCUCUUUUGUCCCACCCUCUCAUCUCACCUUCCUUCCUCUCCUCUUUUGUCCCACCCUCCCAUAUCACCUUCCUUCCUCUCCUCUUUUAUCCCACCCUCUCAUCUCACCUUCCUUCCUCUCCUCUUUUGUCCCACCCUCCCAUCUCACCUUCCUUCCUCUCCUCUUUUAUCCCACCCUCUCAUCUCACCUUCCUUCCUCUCCUCUUUUGUCCCACCCUCUCAUCUCACCUUCCUUCCUCUCCUCUUUUGUCCCACCCUCACAUCUCACCUUCCUUCCUCUCCUCUUUUAUCCCACCCUCCCAUCUCACCUUCCUUCCUCUCCUCUUUUGUCCCACCCUCCCAUCUCACCUUCCUUCCUCUCCUCUUUUGUCCCACCCUCUCAUCUCACCUUCCUUCCUCUCCUCUUUUGUCCCACCCUCCCAUCUCACCUUCCUUCCUCUCCUCUUUUAUCCCACCCUCUCAUCUCACCUUCCUUCCUCUCCUCUUUUGUCCCACCCUCACAUCUCACCUUCCUUCCUCUCCUCUUUUGUCCCACCCUCCCAUCUCACCUUCCUUCCUCUCCUCUUUUGUCCCACCCUCCCAUCUCACCUUCCUUCCUCUCCUCUUUUAUCCCACCCUCUCAUCUCACCUUCCUUCCUCUCCUCUUUUGUCCCACCCUCACAUCUCACCUUCCUUCCUCUCCUCUUUUGUCCCACCCUCUCAUCUCACCUUCCUUCCUCUCCUCUUUUAUCCCACCCUCCCAUCUCACCUUCCUUCCUCUCCUCUUUUGUCCCACCCUCCCAUCUCACCUUCCUUCCUCUCCUCUUUUAUCCCACCCUCCCAUCUCACCUUCCUUCCUCUCCUCUUUUGUCCCACCCUCCCAUCUCACCUUCCUUCCUCUCCUCUUUUGUCCCACCCUCUCAUCUCACCUUCCUUCCUCUCCUCUUUUGUCCCACCCUCCCAUCUCACCUUCCUUCCUCUCCUCUUUUAUCCCACCCUCUCAUCUCACCUUCCUUCCUCUUCUCUUUUGUCCCACCCUCUCAUCUCACCUUCCUUCCUCUUAUUCCUCAUCGCUCUCUCUAGCUGACACUACAUUGCACUGAACUGAAGUCCAUCCAGUCUGCCUGAUCAUUUAAAUACAGACCAGGCUGUUGAUGUUUAAUAGACAGGCAGUGCAGGACGGCAGCUCAUGCAUUCACCCCUUCUUUUUUAUUAGAUUUUUCUCUCCUCUGUUCUUUUCUUUUGCCUGUGCUGUUUUUCACAGUUCAAUGCAACAUGAAGAUUGUAAUGUAUGUAGAGCUGUGCUCUCUCUCUUCAUCUCGCUUUCUAUCGUUAAUUCUCCUCUCUCUCUCGUUCUCGCUCUAUCUUUGUGGCUAAAUUUAGACCUCACUGUGUUGCGUAGACGGUUAUUGAUUUCUAACAAGAAAAAAAAUCACUUGCUUUAUAUGCAGAGACUGUACAAUUAAUAGAAUAACAGUCAACCACAGCGAUGUCUCUCUCUCGCUGUCUCUCUCGCUGGCUCUCUCGCUGUCUCUCUCUCGCUGUCUCUCUCUCGCUGUCUCUCUCUCUCUCUCGCUGUCUCUCUCUUGCUGUCUCUCUCUCUCUCUCUCUCUCUCUCCUUUCUCUCUCUCUCUCUUACUGUCUCUCUCUCUCUCUUACUGUCUCUCUCUCUCUCUGGUCAUAUUAUCAUGUAUAGAUGAAGACCAGCAGCUAUAAUUCAUAAUUCAGGAUUUAGAUACCAGAUGGUCAAGCUAAUAAUCAGGCCCCUGAAAGGUGUGUGUGUGUGUGUGUGCAUUUGUUUGUGCGUGCAUGUGUCUCACCAUGGCUUUUCAUUGUGUUCCUAUGUGAAGACAACUGUACAAUGCGGAUCCUUUAACUAUCAGUAUCCCAGUAAUAGUAUUAGUACAUUACUGCAUGAGAUGUUGUUACAAUGCUAAUGGUGAUGGUGAUAUCCCGACCAGAGGAAAUCAUCAUCUCUACUAGUUCCCUAUGGGACUGUACACCACACAUUAAGACUGCAGAGUGUGUGUGUGUCGUUGUGUGAGGUACUAGUGGGUAUUUUGCAUUGGCACAUCACAUACACACUCAACAUUUAGCGUUGGCACGCGCGCACACACACACCUGCCAGCGUGGCUGUGUGUGAUGAUAACACCCCUAAAUUAGGAUGGACAGAGCAGAACCCUGGCGAGGAUGGAGUGGUGGAAUAAUAAACAAGUGCCCUCUGAGAGAUGACUGUGUCUCAGUGAGCUCCUGAUUAAUGUCUGGAGAGCGGGAGGGAGAAGGGGAAGGAGAGAGGGAGGAAGAGAGGGAAGGAGAGAGGGAGGAAGAGAGGGAAGGAGAGAGGGAGGAAGAGAGAAGGAUGCAAACUUUGAUGUUUACCGCCAGCUCCUCGAAAUGUCAGCUGGAAUCCAGAAUGGCUGAAAAAAAAGUAUGUGUGUGUAGCUUCCACAUCCCUCUUGUUAUGCUGUACAGUGUAUGUGUGGCUGGGAAUGAGCACCACAAGAAGCUAGUUGCUAAUUGCCGUGACAUUUGACCAGAGAGUUGAAUAACUAGAUGAAUAACUAGUGAGAGUCAGAUGAAUAACUAGUGAGAGUGAUGACGUCACACCUCCUGCUCUGCACACACACACACACACACACACACACACACACACACACACAUACACACACAUCCUGCACUGCUGGGUCAGGGGUUCUAGACAAACUCACUUUUUGUUUUACAUUGUGUGUAAAGCAAUGUUCAUACAGUACAUCCUUAUAGACUAUGUUCAUCAUCAAGGGGGAUGAUAUGUGUGUGACGGUCUCUUGGACACAGUUAAAGACAUCCCCAUCUGGUAUCUAAUCAUGAGAAAGGGUACGUUUUAAAAUGGUACCCUACUGUAUUACCCAUCUAGUGCAAUACUUGUGACCAGAGCCCUAUGUAGGGAAUAGGGUGCCAAUGGGAUGAGGCCUAAGUCAGUGCUGACGGUCUUCUUCCUUUUCUGUUGGGGACAGUCAAGUCAGGGAUGGCUGUGGGCGUUUCUCUGUGCUUAUGAUGAGAGGAGAAAACUACUGUAAAAUUAAGAAUUAAUAUAAGACAAAAUAUCUCCAAAUUGGGUGUUUGCUGGUUUAAAGAGAAUCAUUUUGAGGUAUAGUUUAGAUCGGUAGUUUGCAGACACUAACUGGGUGAAUCAAUUCUGUUGUAUUAUAUCUGCAUGUGGUAAGUGAUUGGUAGCUAGCUAUCUUUUUCAAGAAAAACAAUGGAAAAAAUGACGACGGGGUAAAAAACGAACAGCAAAAUACUUCUCUUCUCUUGUUCUCUUGAUUUCCGUUUUCUGUAUUUAUAUUUUUCUUUCUGACAUCCUAAAAAAUACUUUCACGUUAUGUUCUUUGAAUGUUUGUGUUUUAAUUUAUUUGUGGUUUGCCAAAAUGAAGAUGUUGAAGCAUGUCGCAGGUAUUGUCACAGAAAAAGAGAAAGAAAAAAAUCCUAACUAAGAAUGAUGAUGCUUAUCUGUGUCAGAAGGAGUGUGUUCAGUUGUAUAUUUUGUUGGAGACUUUCAAAGAACCAGAUUAAGAAGGACUAGACAAUGAUGUCAACAUUCUCCAGGAACUAAUUUCACUGGGAGCAGAACUCUAUGGAACCCACUGGAACUGAAGGAUCAAUCGGAAUACUCGGCUCUCACGUGUAUUUCCUACUCUCUUCUGUGAUAUCACUGAUGUCCAUCCUUCUUUUUCUGGUUCCAGACUUCAGUACUGUUCGGGUAGAAGUUGCCCUUAGGCACAGAUCUAGGAUCAGCUUACCCUGCCUAAAUCCUAACCUUCACGAUUAGAAUGGAAUCUGCCCAUAGAUCAGCUUCUUGGGGCAACUUCACCCUACUCCUGACUGAAGUGUCUAGUCCAGGCUGAGGUCAAAAGUUCAAAAGGUGAAAGGUCGUUGCAAGACCAAACAGGAAUGUGCAAUAAAAGUUACAGCUUAUUGAAA